AUGUAUAAUAAUACCUUUGAUGAAGAAUUUUUUGGAACUUCACUUACAAGUACUAUUAAAUCACUUGAAUUUAAAGAUACUGCUAAUGGUACAAUAUUCUUAAGUUUUUGUAUGAUAAUAAUUGUAUUUUUUGGAUUUUUUGGAAAUGGAUUAAUUGUUUAUGCUUUUAUAAGAGAUGGUCAUUUAAGAAAAAAAAAUUUUUUACUUAUUGUCAUAUCAACAUUAUAUGCUUUUGGUAGUCUUUUCUUUACAUUAGAUAUUUAUCAUUUAUAUAACAAUAAAGUAAUGGAAGAUCCAAUUUGUACUAUUCAUGCAUUUGCUAUUUCAACAUUAAGUGUUGGAGGAAUUCAUCAAUUAUCAGUUAUGUCUUUGGAACGUUAUGUUGGUGUUAAUCAUCCUUUUAUUUUAAUGAAAUUACCAUUACGUACAAAAGUUCUUUUUGCAACUGGAGCUUUUGUUUGGACACUCUUAACAACAACACCACCUUUAUUUGGUUGGUCUAGAUAUAAAGUUUUAGAUGAUAGUCUUCAUUAUUGUGUUUUUGAUUAUUUAUCAAAAGAAAAAUCAACACAAAAAUAUAUAAUGUAUUUAUUUUUUAAUGGAUACAUUUUACCUCUAUCAAUAAUUGGAUUUUCAAAUUAUAAAAUUUUUUUAGCGGCUAAAGGUUUAGUUACUUCAAGAAAAACUGAUGUAUAUCAUAAACGCCUCCGUUCAAUUCCUUCAUCAUCAACUUUUCUUAGUGAUAGUGAGACAGAUUCAAAUUUACAAAAAUUGGCAAAAAUAUGUGAAUCAACUGGUUUGUAUGAUUCUGAAACUCAACAAUCGCUUUCAGUUUAUGAUAAACAACAACGAAAAUGUGCUACAGUAAUUUUUUUUUGUGUUGGUUCAUUUAUAAUAUCCUGGACACCUUAUGCAUUUACAUCAAUUGUAUGGAAUAUAAUUUUUAAUUAUAAAUUAAAUCCAACAUUUGUUUUACUUACUGCUAUUGCAGCUAAAAUGUUUGUCAUAUGGAAUCCAAUAAUAUAUGGAUUUAUGGAUAAAUCAUUUCAAAGAGAAUGUGAAAAAAUAUUAUUUAAAAAGUUUAACUAUUGGUUGGAGUAA